GACCAAGAUGGUUUCAAGCUCUUGACCUCAUGAUCCACCCACCUUGGCCUCCCAAAGUGCUGGAAUUACAGGCUUGAGCCACCAUGCCCAGCCAUCAUUUUCAUAUAAAUUCUUGGAAAUUAGAGAUCUUGUUUCUUACUUGCUACUGUGUUCUCAGUACUUGACCUUGCCUGGUAUGAUACAGAUACUGAAAUAGUUGUUAAAUGAAUGAAUGAACCACAUUCAUAAAUUCUCCAAGUAUCACAGUGUUCACCAUCUAACAAAUAAAAGAGCUUGUCUAGAGUAGAGUCACAGUUAACCUGCCAUACAAGGAAAUGUCAAUGAAAAUCAACCAUUGUAUGUGUAGCUGCUAAGAUUUGGGGGCUUUUGUUACUGCAGCAUAAACUAGUGAAGCUCAGUGAGACGGCAGAUAGAAUAGACACACACACACACACACACACACACACACACACACACCAGAUAGACCAGUAGAUGAGAUUCCAAAGAUAGUUUAAUCAGCAUUAACUAACCACACCUACACUCUCUUAAUUUCCUAACAGAAUGAAUGGAAUUCCUGUUCACUAGGAUCUGCCUCCAAGAGUACUUUGUGAAAACUUCUCUGGGUAUGCAAGUAUUUAAUCAGGACCUUUUCUUUUUCCUCCUGCAGGUUGGAGUGCAGUGGUGCCAUCAUAGCUCACUGUAACAUCUAUCUUACGUCUCCAGGAAUUCUCCUGCCUCAGUCUCCCAAGUAGCUGAGACUGCAUCUUAUAUGAAGGCCAAUUAUGUUCAGACCCAGGCGGAGCUUCCUGCUGACCCAGGCUCUCACCGGCACAUUGUCCUUUUCUGUCCUCCUGAGGGUGUCUGGAGCUUCAGUGCUGUGUGCUCUGGGCCUCCAUGCUGGGGCACCACCGACUCUCGCUGUCCAGGGCUUCCAGUGGACUCUCCGAGGCACUGAUGUAGAAUCUUCCCCAUUCAGCAUACCAAGAGCAGCCUCCCACGGUGUGGGGUGACAUGAAGAGCUGUCAGAUCCAACAGAAAUUGUGUUGGUAACAUUGAAGAGACACUUCUCACCUUCCUGAAAUGUCCUUCGUUAUCUUCUUCAAGUUGCAAGGGCUCUGGAACAGCCCUUGCAGUGCUUCCACAAAGGGCAGUGGGGCCAAUCUUCCCUAAGCUGCCCCUUACAAGAAAAGGAAUCAUGCUGGUAAGAUUUCAGACUUCAGCAGACAUGGGUAAGUAAGGAAGUCUUACAAAUCUAUUUUAGCCACCUAGUGAGAAAUGAGAAAUUUAGCAAGUUCAUUCACAUUCAGGACAGUUGUGUGCACUAGAUCAGAGGCCCUGAUACAUAAAGAAUAGAGCCCUAACAAGGGCAAGUAAUUCUUCCUGUCCUAGGAUAUAACUGCCAACUUCAGGGAAGUGGGAACACAGCUGCCCACUUCAGGGUAUGGGUUACUUUUGUGCCUGGAAUGUGUCUGACAUCCUGCUACGUGUACCCAUUUCAGGGAGCCUUGGAGGAGCCUGAAAAACUGAUGGAAUUGGACAGUGCAUGGAGAUGGUUGAGCAAGAUGAGGGUUUCUUACCUGACUCUUAGGAUAACAGCAUUACCUUGAAGCAUAUGAUGAAGAUAUGCUGUCCAAAUAUGUACACAGUUUUGAGCAAAAUGCCUGAUACAAAUUGGUCAACAAACAGUUACUGGAUGAUGAUAUGAAUAUUUACUGAAUGACAUGGAUCCUAUGAAUAACUGUGGAAUAGUUGUUGUGAUUGCUUUUAUUAGCAGUCCUCAAAACUCAUCUCUGUGUGACCUUGCAGUCCCUGGCCCUACCUGUGGUGCCCCAAAUGUCAGCAUGAUAGCAUCUGGCAGGACGUGUUCCAGGAAGACCACAGAGGCAAACUUUCCAGAUACCAUCGAGAAUUCCUACUCCCAGCAGGAAGAGACCAAACCAAAUAUCGGAGCCAGCAGAAAUAGACUUCUUCUGAGUCAGGUGGCCUACUUCCUGAACUACCAGCUGAAGACCUACAGAGAUCAAAAAGAUCACAAUGAAGAACAGAAAUGCAGAGAGAGCAAAAAUAAACUUCUUAUGAGUCAAGUAGCCUACUACCUGGGCUGCCGGCUGAAGAUGGAAGUCCCUGGCUAUCUGUGUUCUGCCCCAAAUGUCAGCACGGUGACAUCUGGCAAGCCUCCUUCCAGAAAAAACACAGAAGUGAACAUUCCAGAAGACAUUGAGAAAUCCUGCUCCCAGCAAGAAGAAAACAAAGCAAAUUUCAGAGCCAGCAAAAAUAGACUUCUUCUGAGUCAGGUGGCCUACUUCCUGAACUACCAGCUGAAGACCUACAAAGAUCGAAAAGAUCACGAAGAAGAACAGAAAUGCAGAGACAGCAAAAAUAAACUUCUUAUGAGUCAAGUGGCCUACUACCUGGGCUGCCGGCUGAAGACAGAAGUCCCUGGCUAUCUGUGUUCUGCCCCAAAUGUCAGCAUGGUGGCAUCUGAAAGGCCUCCUUCAAGAAAAAACACAGAGGUGAACAUUGUAGAAGACAUUGAGAUGUCCUGCUUUGAACAGGAAGAAAACAAACCGACUUUCAGAGCCAGCAAAAAUAGGCUUCUUAUGAGUCAGGUGGCCUACUUUCUGAACUAUUGGCUGAAGACAUACAAAGAUCAAAAAGAUCACGAUGAAGAACAGAAAUGCAGAGACAGCAAAAAUAAACUUCUUAUGAGUCAAGUGGCCUACUACCUGGGCUGCCGGCUGAAGACGGAAGUCCCUGGCUUUCUGUGUUCUGCUCGAAACAUCAGCAAGGUGGCAUCUGGCAGGUCUCCUUCCAGAAAAAACACAGAGUUGAACAUUCUGGAAGGCAUUGAUAAAUUCUGGUCCCAGCAGGAAGAUAACAAAUCUAGUAUCGGAGGCAGCAAAAAUAGACUUCUUAUGAGUCAGGUGGACUACUCCCUCAACUAUCGGCUGAAGACAUGCAAAGAUCGACAAGAUCAUGAAAUACAGAAAUACAGAGAAAGCAAAAAUAACCUUCUUAUGAGGCAAGCGGCCUACUACCUGCGCUGCCAGCUGAAGACCAAAGAAGAUCGGAGACGUCACGAGGAAGAACAGAAAUACAGAGACAGCAAAAAUAAACUUCUUAUGAGUCAAGACUACCCGGGCUGCAGGCUGAAGACGGAAAAAAGUCAAAGUGAUGAUGAGGAAGAGGAAGAAAAAGGGCCAGUGUCCACCAGGAAUCUGCAGGAGUCUGUGGAGGAGGAAGCCCCCCAGGAGUCCUGGGAUGAAGAUUAUUCGACUCUCUCAAUUCCUCCUGGCACAUUUGCCUUCAAUGAGCCUUACAGGACCAACCUGCACUCAUUAGAGGAACAGCAGGUCAACUUGGCUCAUGACAUAGACAAGAUUGAAAAGGACCAAGAAGAGGAAGAAGACCAAGGCCCACUGUGCCCCAGGCUCAGCAUGGAGCUGGUGGAAGCAGAAGAGCCUGAAGUCUUCUGGUACUCACUGGAUAUAUUGUAUUCAACAUAUACAGCUUAUCUUGAGUUUUAUUACACAUGCCAGGCUUACACAUAUGCCGUUUUUUUAUAUGCAGAAGAGCAUGUUCGCUUGACUUUGGACAUGGACAGCAGGUUUUUUACUCUGACGGUGGUAGGACUCCACCUGGUCUCCCGGAUAGGGGUCAUAUUCCCACACUAAGACAACGUGUCACACGGGACUCUGCCAGUGCAGAGUAUGAACCACGCCAUGUUCUUGCUGAAAACGCUUAGCCCGAGUUUCAUAGCCUGAGGUAAUCUCCAGACGACUUCAGAAUGUAGAACAGUGAGCGGCACAACUGACCUGUCUCCUUCAGACAGCCCAUGUCACCACAAAUCACACAACUGAAAGGAGAAGAGAUGUUUUGGUUUGAAAAAGAGUAAAAAGAUAAUGUAGCUACAUUUCUUUAGUUCUUUUGAACCCAAAGUGCCUCCUCACCUUUUUGUUGUUGUCGUUGAUGGUGGGGACAUGGGCUUGUUUGUAGAGGACAGGUCAGCUGUCUGGCUCAAUGGUCUGUACUCUGAAGUUGUCUGAAAAUGUCCUCAUGCUUAAAUUCAGCCUAAAUGUUUUUCCGGGAACACUGCAGGGUCAAUGCUACCUCACCCAUCUGCAGGUAGAGAAGGUCCCGUGUGUCUACCACCAUGAUUGUGAUACCAGGACUUUUCCACCAUUUGUCUAUCACCAUGAUCGUGAUGCCAGAUCUGUACCUUUAAGAGACACCUUAUUUAUAUGGAUAUAUAUAUUUAUUCAGAGACACCUUAUUUAUACAGAUAUUUAUACAGAACUAAUUGGAAAAGUGGUUUUUAAAAGUAUUAACAUUCUGUAUUCAAACGAUCAUCUCUCAACAUUUUGUAAUUCAUUUAUCAUCCCUGGCUGUGUCAACUAUUAUAUUUACAUCUCUACACUGGAAAUUUUCUAUUUUUACUGUAUUUUUGCUUUUGCUAGUUUCUGUUGUUCAAAGAAAAAAAUUCCCUACCUGCAUAUCAAUUUUUAUCAAAGUUAAUUUUAAUCUAUACAAUGAAAAUGUUUUUCUUCAAGAUAAGACUGUCAGCACAUAAGGCCACAGCAAAACAGAGCCUUUGUUUGCUAAUUUUUAAGCCUUCGUCAAUUUCUGGCUGAGGAGAGAGGUAGUUUAUUUAAUUAGCUGCUAAUAUCUAUUUAAGUGAGCAGCCAGAGAAAGUCUUAUCAGACUAAGGAUAUGCAAAGCCCAGGCCAUUGUCUUUGAGUCUUUUAAACUGUUUCAGAAGAGAAGGGAAUAGGCAGAUUCCACAUAUGUGGACAGGAAGGAGAAUACACUAAAAGACUCAAACAACCAUUGCCCAAAACAGAAUAGAAAGUCCAUUAAAAUUCAUGAAAUAGUUUCUCAUGAAAUGUAAUCUCUCUAAACUUAGCCAUUAUAUGAAAGUCAGUUCUUAAUAUACCACACUACAUUGACUGUUGACUUUCAUAAGAAUUCAUUUCCAUGUUUGUUAUUUGAAAAAGCAAAAGGACUGUAAUCCUUUCUUUUCUUUGCCAUGAUCAUUUUAAGAUUGAGGAUUUUUUUCCAAAAUAAAAUUAAAGAUUGAAAAUUGACGUUAAAAUUUAUCUUCUCA